AUGUUCACGAUUCAGAUGAUCCCAUCAUUCACUGCAUCGCCUGUAUAUGACAUAGCAACCGGAAUUUACUACACAACUGGUGCCACUGCGGUCAUUCCCACCCCCGCUUACGAGCUAAUACCUCAUAGAGUAUUCGUUGGCGGUUUCCCGAUUAGUACAACUGAAUUGGAGCUAAGAGAGCAUUUCGAGCAAUACACCACUAUUAAAGAGGUAAAAGUAAUUAGAAGCGCCGACGGCAUAUCGAAGGGUUACGGGUUCAUCACGUUGGACAGUGACGAAGAAGCGGACUCAGUUCGCGCAAUGUCUCCUGACAAAUUGGAAUUCAAAGGUCGCAAGUUAAAUCUAGGCCCGGCUCUUCGAAGAAUGUCACAACGCUAUCCCACUGAUUAUGCAAUUGCUACACCAACAGGAGUGGUACAGUCACCCACUUAUGGUUGCACUUAUUCUUUCCCACCGCAAGCACCUUUUGUAAUGGUGAACGCUCCACAGGCAUAUGUCUACACACCGGGCUCGUCAGUUCCGCAGGCUAUGAUCUAUCCAGUUAGCGCACCUGCAAAUCAUGCUCAGGAGCAGCCUCCUAGUAAUGGCGCAAACGGAACAGUUGCCUCUCCUGUUGGCUCUCCUAUUCGUCACCAAACAUCAGCACCGAACGCUGAAGCGGUGAUGCCGAUAGCUGCGAAGCUGCCCGUGACUUCACCUGCAACUGCUGCCAGUUCGUCGGUGUCCGUGGUUGCGGCUCCUGCGCCCAUCCAGCAGCCUCAGGCCUGCAUACAGUAUCCGGUCUACUUACCAUCGCAAGCUCCACCCACUCCGAUAACACCAUCCGUCGUUGCCCAUCCACGGGGAUCGCCGACGAAUAUAUACAAUUCUCAUCUCACCUCGGUGCCGUCAGCACCGUAUUACUCUGCUACCGAAAAUCAAGGACUUCAAUACCAACAGGCAUUUUACUACAAUAAUACUCCUAUGACGGCAGCAGGGGAUGCGGCAAAUGUGCAGAUGGCUUACGGUAACGGUUCUGCUCCUGCCACCACCACACCGCUCUACGGUAGCACUGACUACACACCACCGCCGACUGCACAUCACUCUCAGGACUCACCACCUUUCGCACAAGGACUCUUCACUCCGUCUCCGCGUCAUGGAGUAGCUCCACAGCAUGCCGUCUGUCGCACAUUUCAGGAUAGUGAACGUCACACAUGCAGCAGCGUUCCGAAAGGAGAAUUUGACAAUGCAUGUCAAACUAGUGAAAGCGAUAUUUUAAGGAAUUCAGUGAUGUUUUGUGAAGACGCAGUAAAUGUAAAAUCAGCAUUCAAGUUCAAGAAAUCGCCAAAAAAUCGCCUGAAUGUUUUUAUCACUAACCAGUACCACGGUUUCCCUUGUGAUUCCUGCUUUGUACGUCUUGCUUCUGCCUCCGAAAAGUUAUUUGGGAAGUGUCAUGCAAAAGCUGGUGGUCGUUUUAUUCGUGCUCCUCCACGUGCUGCAAUGUCACUCACCGGGCAGUUUCAGUCAAUGCGUGUGUCGAAUGACCACCAAAAGGGUGAGUCGGUCUUCACAUUUGCAAUCCAUAUUGAGUGA